AGCAAGGGCUACGCACACAGAGGGGGAAACUGCUGGCAGUGUUGGUUUUUCUAAAUGUAUUUAUUCACCCCGUCUCCUUUCCGAUUGUGUUAAUGAUUUUUGUUAUCUGUGUAAAUGUCCCUUUAAGUUAGUUUAUUGGCGCCACGGUCCGUUCUUCCUCUACAGUAAGCGUAUUAUCAAGCUAGCGACUCUUGACUGUCUCCAGCCUGCAACUUCCCGUCACUUGAGAAGAACGAAGACGGAAAGAGCGAGCAGCUGAAAAGGAAACAGGGUCUGUCAAUAAGAAUACAGCUAACUCUACACGGAUAUCAGACGGAUAGACAAGUCGAUAUCAUUGUCUUCUUUUAGUCGACUAGGCGGAUCUGUGUUCUUCUCAUUGGUUUGCUUACCAACCUUCGUUGUUUUCCUUGUUGAGCACCCAGCUGCGGCUUGCCACACUGUCGCCGAGGCUCGAGCCAACCACUGGUGGGGGGUUUAAUGGGAGCCUUGUUUCGAUAGAACUCCCUUCCCCCCCCCCCCCCGACGGACCCUCGCUCGAAUCCAAUUCGGGCGCUGUCUUCCCGGGGGGUGCCCAGUUUUUGCUUAGUCUGACUGGGGAAGGAGGGCGGUCCCCCAGCCUUGACUGUCGCUCUGGCCGACCCUAGUGGACCCUAAUAUGGCAGGAAAUCUGAAGAAAGGCGGAGGACUGAUCGGGAUGAUGAAGGACGCGUUUCAGCCCCAUCACCACCUCCAUUCCAAUCACCAACCAGGGGCCGUGGACAAAAAGACGGUGGAGAAAUGCUGGAAACUAAUGGACAAGGUGGUGCGACUGUGCCAGAACCCCAAGCUGGCACUGAAGAACAGCCCACCUUACAUCCUGGACCUGCUGCCAGACACCUACCAGCACCUCCGCACCAUCCUGUCCCGCUACGAGGGCAAGAUGGAGACGCUCGGCGACAACGAGUAUUUCCGCGUCUUCAUGGAGAACCUGACCAAGAAGACCAAGCAGACCAUCAGCCUGUUCAAGGAGGGCAAGGAGCGCAUGUAUGAGGAGAACUCGCAGCCCAGACGGAACCUGACCAAGUUGUCGCUGAUCUUCAGUCACAUGCUGGCCGAGCUCAAAGCCAUCUUCCCCAACGGCCUGUUCCAGGGGGAUAACUUCCGAAUCACCAAGGCUGACGCCGCCGAGUUCUGGAGAAGAUCGUUUGGGGACAAGACGAUAGUGCCUUGGAAGGUGUUCCGGCAGGCCCUGCACGAGUUCCACUCCAUCAGCUCGGGCCUGGAAGCCAUGGCCCUCAAGUCCACCAUCGACCUCGCCUGCAACGACUACAUCUCCGUCUUCGAGUUUGACAUCUUCACCAGGCUCUUCCAGCCUUGGUCGUCUCUGCUGAGGAACUGGAACAGCCUAGCGGUGACUCACCCGGGCUACAUGGCCUUCCUCACCUACGAUGAGGUCAAGGCCCGGCUGCAGAAGUUCAUCCACAAGCCUGGCAGCUACAUCUUCAGGCUGAGCUGCACGCGGCUGGGCCAGUGGGCCAUCGGCUACGUCACUGCAGAUGGGAACAUCCUGCAGACCAUCCCCCACAACAAGCCCCUCUUCCAGGCCCUCAUCGACGGCUUCCGGGAAGGAUUCUACCUGUUCCCUGACGGGCGCUCCCAGAACCCAGACCUCACAGGACUGUGUGAGCCCUCGCCACAAGACCAUAUCAAAGUCACACAGGAGCAAUAUGAGCUCUACUGUGAGAUGGGCUCCACCUUCCAGCUGUGUAAGAUCUGUGCGGAGAACGACAAGGACGUGAAGAUCGAGCCCUGCGGUCACCUCAUGUGUACCUCCUGUCUCACCGCCUGGCAGGAGUCCGAGGGUCAGGGCUGCCCAUUCUGCCGCUGUGAGAUCAAGGGCACGGAGCCCAUCGUGGUUGACCCCUUUGACCCCAAGGACCCCAUAGGGGGCUCCUACGGGAGCUGCAGGGGUAUUUUCGGGGCGGAGGGUGCCCCGUCGCCCAGCUACGACGAUGACGACGACGACCGGCUGGAAGACCCCCACCUCAUGAUGAGCAAGCUGGCCUGUUCCAAGGUGGAGCGGCCCCCUUCGCCCAUGUCCCUGGCGCCGCAGUCCUCCCUGCCCCCCGUGCCCCCCCGCCUUGACCUCCUGCAGCACCGACCGCCCAACCCCCCAGGAGCAUCCAGCCCAGGGACCACGUCCAAGGCGUCCUCCCACCACAAGGACAAGCCUCUCCCCCUGCCCCCAGCCCUGAGGAACCUACCGCCCCCUCCUCCACCAGACAGACCUCUCUCUGACGGGUGGCUCGGCAGACGGCCACUACCCUGCACCCCCCUGGGGGAGCCCAAGCUUCCCCCGGCCCCGCCCAACCGCAACCUGGCCGACUGGAACCCCAGGCCGGUGCCCAAGGCCCCCGGACAGCCACCCGGUGUGGGAGACAGGCGGGGGGUCCGGGAGCUCUCAAACAGACACUCCCUCCCCCUGGCCCUACCGUCAGCCCUAGACGGAUGCACCGACGGACAGCGGAACAACAGCUCGCUCAGUUUGGACCAUCAGCUGGUGAAGGGAGCCCAGAGUUUUGGAGGCACGGCGUCUGGCAGUCAGGAGUAUGACAACCCCAAAGUGAGGCCUUCAGUCUCGGCCAAUGCCAUCUAUGCUCUGGCAACAAGACCCCAUCCAGAUCUGAUGCCUGUGGCUGGGGAGGAGAUCUACGAGAGUGACGAGGAGUCCGACUACAUGAUCCCCACCUCUCGGCCUGUCCUGGCCCCCAUGGCAGCCCCCCUUGUGGUGACAGAGACCCCAGCUCCCAAAUCCCCCCAGCCCAGCUCUCUUAACUCAUGGCCCAUGCUGAAGGACCUGGAUGAAGGACCUCAAAUGUAUGAAGCCAUGUAUAACAUCCAGGCCCAGGCCCUCACAGCCUCCCUGCUUCACCUGGCCAGAGACUCGGAUUGCUCUGAGCUGCCCCCCCUGGCCAGUACCAAUGGCCCUAUCUGGGAGAUCCCCUGCCCGGUCCGGGAGCUUCCCGAGGAGGUAGAGGAGGAGAACGGCUACGACAUCCCCAAACCAGCGUUGCCCGUGGCCCGACGCACCCUCUCCGAGCUGGGGGCAGCCACCAGCGCCGCCUUCAGCCGUCUCGUCAUGGACAGCGAGCCCGGAGCGUCUGCCUCCUUCUCAGAGUCCAGCGACGCCCCAGAGCGGCCGCCCAAGCCCCUCCCCCGACGCUUCAACUCAGAGCGCCGGCGCAGCCCCAUACCUCCUGGAUUAGGCACUGGAGGAGGCGGAGGAGGGUCGGGAGAAGGAGGUGGAGGAGUAGCCAACCCCCAGAUCACCAGCGAGAUUGAGCAUCUCAUGAGCCAAGGCUACACCUACCAGGACAUCCAGAAAGCCCUGAUGAUUGCACAGAACAAUAUGGAGAUGGCCAAGAAUAUCCUGCGCGAAUUUGUCUCCAUUCCCUCCACUGCGCACAUUCUUACAUAGUACCUCUGCUCCAGCCCUGCCCAGCUCAGCCCAAAGCAAAAUCGCCUGCAGUACUAGCGCUUCAGUGCUAACUGGAGCCCCUGCAGUCUCCUGUCCGGCGCCCUCUCAAAGCUAGCUCAAUGCUAACUGUGUGGGACUCCGAGCCCUGCACUCCACGUGAUUUCUCAAGAGUGUCUGGACGCCUUUUGUAAUGUGCUGCAGGGCCACUCUCCAUAUUCCACGUGGUGAUGCUGAUGGCUCAUCGUGCAACCGAAGCUUCGGCGGGUCUUUCUCAGUCGUUUUCGCGUCCUCCCGAGGCCUCUACCGAAAUGUAAUCGACACCUCGCAAAAAAAACAAAACAUGUACGUGUGUCUAUAUAAGAAUUUAAUAUAUAACAAAAUAUAUAUUAAAUGUGUAUAAUGUCUACAUAUAUAUUUCCAAUGAGUUCCGCUUCGAAGGUCUUUUUUUUUUUCAUGUCGUUCAUGUUAAGGAUAGGUUGCAGAGGACAAAGAUAGUGGUUCUUUGAAACCGCUCUGAGGGAGAGAGCACCUUUCUAUAGUCCCCAGCCCUCACUUUGAGGAGAAAGACAGACUUGGUUUAGCAUUUAGAAGCAGGCGUUUCCUAAACAUUUGACAACAUGUCAAAUGUGGCCUUUUAAUGAUAUUGCUUCGGUACUUUCUGGGGAAAUUAAUGUUUGUGUUGCGCCUCAAAGUAGCAUAAUGUUAGUGUUAGAGGUCUGGACUGUCAUCUCCAGCUAAGGUUGUAGCCCGGUGUGUGUUUGUGUAUGCGCUUUCAAGUGAUCUACAGCUAUGGGAAAGGUUAAACCCACAGGGGAUGUGUCUUUGUCUGGGAUGUGUCUUUGUCUGGGAUGUGUGUACGGUGUGUCUGGCCAUUGACUUGGCUAGUAGGGUAGUGACGCGUGAUGGCUGACCGAGUUCACGAUUGACAAUUUUGACUUAACCCCGGUGAAAGGCAAAGCUGUGUUUUGACUGUGUUAUUAGCUAUAUGCAUAAUUUCCUACUGUGGGUAGCAUUAUUUCCUACAUCGAAUCACCUCAUCAGUGAUUUAGAUGACCAAACUGGGACUGGGAAGCCUGUGUUUAGUUUGUUCAGUGAGACGGUUUUUAGAGGCAGUCCUGGCUCUGCUGUUAAGCCACACAAAUGUGUGAUACCAACUUCGGAUGACUUGGAUGUCUAUGUUAGAGCAGUGGAGGAGGGGGGGGUUCUCUCUCUCACUCCCACUCCCAUUCUGUCAGAUCUAAUCAAUCGAAGCCAUCUGGGAGGUCCCGAUUGGCCCAUGUCCCAAUCCCUCUUCUAUUCCUGUGCAAAAUGAAUGUGGGUUAAUCGUUCUUCCUCAAAUGUAGUGCAUCUUUCUAAACAUACUUCUCUCUACCAAUCGUCUGAAUGGGAGGGGCAAAGUGUACUGAAAUCUAAUGGUGGGCAAAAAAGUAUUGACGGAUUCUAUUAAAGGCCCAGUACCGGGCCAAGAUUUUAUGAUGCGUUGAACACAGCUCAGAUAAUGAGAAGAGCUUCGUCCGAGAUGUACACCGAAGCUGUUCAGCGUUGUGAGAGAAAAAAAAAUAUGUCAUCGAUUUACUUUAAUAAUAUAUUAUUAUUAUGAUCAUUAUUGUUAUUAUUAAUUCAGAAGUGCUUUACUGCUGCUACUAUUGUUAUUGCUAUACUAUUAAGCCUUAAAUGUACAUUUGUGAAUAUUGUUGUUUAACCUCCUCUUUUUUUAAAGUGACAGUAUCUAAUUUGUGUUUUUUAUUUGGUGAUGUAGCAUACUUGAAAAUGCAAGCAGCUUGGGUUGUGCAAUUCAAGCUGAAUUCAGUUGUUUUCUUAUCUUUAGUGUUGGACUGGAUAGCCUUUAGGGGAAUUAUGAUGACAUCAUAAAUCGCACCGUCAGCAUAUUGACCUAAGUGGUAGCACCGGCAAAACGAACAAUGUGAUUGGUGAAAAGGAACAGUGCCAUAACUCAGUCAGACGUCUGUAUUGUAAAUGCCUCUACUUUAAAGGGGAGUACAUCUAAUCUAGAUGAAAUUGGGUGUUUUGCAAGCUUUGUUAUUAAGGAUCGUCUUAAUUGCACAGCUGCAAAAAGCCCAGUAGCUUAGUGAACAAGGACAUGUUGAGACGCACACCCAAAAUGUUGACGGGUCGCACCCCCCCCAAAAGGGGAAAGAAAGUUUCACGUUCUAUAUAACUCUUAUUUAUUUUUGUAAACCUUUCCGGUUUGAUAGGGUUAUAAAGAGUUUUAUUUUUCCUAUA